AUGCUGUCUAUAAUCUCAAAGCUGUCCGCGGAAGAUCCCUCAAAAUGGUAUAAAUUUGUUCCACAAGUCCAAAGCGCAAUCAAUUCACAUAUGCAUAGCUCAACCAAGAAGUCGCCGUUUGAGUUUAUGUUCGGCGUAAAAAUGAAAAACCAAAUUAGUGAUAGAGUUUUGAGCGUGCUAGAGCAAGAAUGUGCAGAAAGCUUUGACACGGAGAGGCAGAAAUCUCGCGAAGAAUCCAAAAAGCAAAUACAGCAAGACCUCUACAAAAAGAAUUAUGACAAAAAGCGUAAAGGUGAAUACAUCUACAAAGAAAGAGAUCUGGCGUCUGUUAAACGCACACAGUUUGUCGCUGGAAAGAAGCUGGCGAGUCCGUUUCUCGGUCCAUAUGAGGUGGUAAAAGUCAAAAGGAACGGCCGCUAUGAUGUUCGAAAGGCAGCGCAGGUAGAAGGUCCGAAUGUAACAACAACAAGUGCUGACAAUAUGAAAUUAUGGAAAUACGUCGAACACAACGAUGAUUUAUUAUCGUCUGGGACAGACGAUGAGUAGUCAGAUGGCCGAAUGUAAAAUAUGUAGUUGGCAACCCGCUGGAGUACGAGAGAAGUGGUCGAAAGAAUGGAGAGAAAACGUCAAGUAGCAGAUGUGGUAGGAAUAAAAAAGCCAUCGUUCAUCGAAGAGUU